CUAAGCAAAGCCAGCUAGACCAUCUACUCCAGCAUCCUGUCCUCACAGUGGCCAACCAGGUGCCCAUUACGGAAAUGCUGUCUCGACUGAUGGUGCCCCACCAACCACAGAGGCACCUGGCAAGAUGGCAACUCAAGUUGCAGUAGUGAAUUCCUCUCUUGCAGCCUCUGUGCAAUAUCCCAUCCAGCAGGCCUACUCAGUUUCCCUUCAUGAUGUCUCUGUGGCCACUUUGCCCAGCGUUGAAAACCACCUUCCGAAGCCAGCUGGAAAAAACGAGUCGUCAACAGCAGAGAUGUUCCGAUCCAAAGCACCACCACCUAUAGGCCUGUGGGCCACCAAGUGUGACGGAGAAGUCAAGCUCAGGAUGGAUGAAAGCGGUAUUGGUUGUGAGCCUCCCAUCACGGUUCACCAGCUCUUCCUGGAUGCCGUGAGGCAGUACGGGGACUUCCCUGCGCUGGCCUCCAAAAAGAAUGGCAAGUGGACCAAGAUGACGUUCAAGGAGUACUAUGAAGAAUGCCGGGCGGCAGCCAAAAGCUUUAUACAGCUGGGUCUGCAGCGCUUCCACGGAGUCUGUAUUCUGGGGUUCAAUUCCGCAGAAUGGUUCAUCUCAGACAUCGGAGCAAUUCUUGCUGGGGGGUUUGCCGUUGGCAUUUACACAACCAACUCUCCUGACGCCUGCCAGUACGUUGCGGACAACUGUGGCGCUAACUUCAUCGUCGUGGAGAAUGACAAACAGCUCCAGAAAAUCUUGGAGGUUAAGGACAAGCUGCCUCUCGUGAAAGCAAUCAUCCAGUAUGGUGAAGAGCUCAAGGAGAAAAGACCAAAUCUCUACACUUGGAGUGAAUUUAUGGCCCUCGGGAGCAGCGUCUCCGACGACCAGCUUGACAAGAUCAUAGAGUCCCAGAAGCCCAACCAAUGCUGCACUCUGAUCUACACGUCGGGGACGACGGGACAGCCCAAGGGAACCAUGCUCAGUCACGACAAUAUAACGUGGACUGCCCGCGCCGGAGGAGAGUAUGUCAGCAUAAGCAGAGCGACCGAGCGUCAGGAGGUGGUGGUCAGCUACCUUCCGCUGAGCCACGUUGCCGCACAGAUGAUUGACAUCUGGCUCCCGAUUACGUUUGGGGUGCAAACAUGCUUUGCCCAACCAGAUGCUUUGAAGGGCACUUUGGUGAACACUCUCAAGGAAGUGCACCCCACGGCGUUCUUGGGGGUCCCUCGCGUCUGGGAGAAGAUGCAAGAGAAGAUGAAGUCCGUUGGGGCGAAGUCCUCUGCGCUGAAGAGGAGAAUUGCCGUCUGGGCCAAAGCCGUUGGGCUGGAGACCAAUCUGAAACGGAUCAACGGGUCUACCGAUCUCCCGCUGAAUUACCGCCUGGCCAAGACACUGGUCUAUAAGAAAGUGCGGAAGGCGCUGGGCUUGGACCACUGCACCAAAUGCUACACAGGGGCUGCUCCCAUCACAAAGGACACCUUGGAAUACUUCUUGAGCCUCGACAUCCCUGUGUAUGAACUCUACGGCAUGAGUGAGAGCUCGGGCCCUCAUACGGCUUCCCAUUCGAGCUCGUACAGGCUGACAAGUUGCGGAAAGGAGAUCACAGGCUGCAAGAGCAUGCUGUUCCGGCCCGACAACGAAGGCGUUGGCGAAAUCUGCUUCUCCGGCCGUCACAUCUUUAUGGGCUACCUGAAUAUGGAAGACAAAACGAAAGAGGCCAUUGACGACGACGGCUGGCUGCACUCAGGCGACCUUGGGAAACACGACACGGAUGGCUUCCUCUAUAUCACAGGGAGGAUUAAAGAGCUAAUCAUCACUGCAGGGGGAGAAAACAUUCCUCCAGUCCCUAUUGAGGAUGCCAUCAAAGAGGCCAUCCCCAUCCUCAGCAACGUCAUGUUGGUGGGUGACAAGGCCAAAUUCCUCAUCAUGCUCAUGACUCUGAAGUGCAAAGUGAACCUAGACACUGGAGAACCAGAGGAUGCGCUGACGCCAGAGGUGAUCGACUUCUGUCGCAAGCUAGGCAGCAAGGCCACCAAAGUCUCCGACAUCGUCAGCACCAGAGACCCCGCUGUCUACACCGCCAUCCAGAAGGGGGUGUCGUCGGUCAACGACCAAGCCACAUCGAACGCGCAGAAGAUCCAGAAGUGGGUCCUGUUGGACAAGGACUUCUCCAUCUCAGGGGGAGAGCUAGAGCCAGGCAUGCAGGCUUCAGAGGGUGGCUCAGAUUCUGCAACUCCCGUGGCCCUGCGGUCAUCGGCGUCAGUCCAAGCCCCCGUGGUUCAACCGGUGCCGGCAUCUCAGCAGAGGGUUUUGGUGCAAGCGACAGGCUCCGCUCCCAAAGGGGCACAAAUGCAGCAGCUCUCCGUCCCCAGAGUCCAGCAGGCCCCGCAGCAGGUGCCAACAGUGCAGCAUGUCUAUCCAGCUCAAGUUCAAUACGUAGAGGCAGGAGAGGCCGUCUACACCAACGGGACCAUACGUGCCGCUUACUCAUACAACACAGAAGCCCAGAUCUACACCCCGAGCAGCGCCUCUUCCUACUUUGAAGCACAGGGGGGAGGCGGCGGUGGCGGCAGCGCUCAGGUGAGCACAGGCCCGUCGUCUCCCACAGCCAUCCCCUCGCACGGCAUGGUGGGCAUCGCGAUGGACCUCGGGGGAAGCCAGAUUGUCUCCAGCUCGGGCGCCUACCUCAUUCACGGCGGGAUGGAGAGCGCCAGGCACGCCCUCUCGCACUCCUCGCGCUCCUCCCCGGCCACGCUUGAAAUGGCGAUUGAAAACCUCCAAAAAGCCGAAGGCAUAUCGUCGCACAAAAGCAGCUUGCUGAACAGCCAUCUGCAGUGGCUGCUGGACAACUACGAGACGGCCGAAGGCGUCAGCCUCCCCCGCAGCUCCCUCUACAGCCAUUACUUGUGCCACUGCCAAGAGCACAAGCUGGACCCGGUGAACGCCGCCUCCUUCGGCAAGCUGAUCCGUUCUGUUUUCAUGGGGCUGAGGACGCGUCGGCUUGGGACGAGGGGAAAUUCCAAAUACCAUUACUAUGGCAUCCGUCUCAAGCCAGACUCCCCGCUCAAUCGCUUGCAGGAAGAUGCUCAGUUUAUGGCCAUGAGGCAGCAACCAGUCCACCAGAAGCAAAGGUACAGACCUUCCCAGAAGAUGGAGGGCAUGGCCGAGGGUGGUUCAAACAGCAGCCUCCACACCACGCCCGAGCAGUCUGUUGCUGCCCAGAGCCAGCAUCACCAGCAGUUCAUCGAUGUCACCCGCGGCCUUGCUGAAUUCCCAUCCCUGGACCUGGAAAACCACCUCCUCCAGGAGGGAAUCGACGUGAACGACCUCAAGGCUCUCCAGGUCUUCUACCGGCAGCACUGCGAGGCCAACGUAGAAGUCGUCAUGACCCUUCAGUUCCCUUACAUUGAGAAGCUGUGGCAGUCCUUCUGGAACUCCGAGCCUCACGCCAGCGAAGCCUCUGCUGCUCUUCCUUCCAGCGAAGAGCCGUGUGAGGCCCUCAUCCCAAGGCACAAGCUGGUGGCCAUGUGCAAGUAUGACCCCAUCAUGAAAUGGAUGCGGAGCUGCGACCACGUCUUGUACCAGACCCUGGUGGAGAUCCUCAUCCCAGAUGUUCUCCGGCCUGUGCCCAGCACUUUGACCCAGGCCAUCCGCAACUUCGCCAAGAGUUUGGAAGGGUGGCUCAUAAACGCCAUGAGCGAGUUCCCCCAGCAGAUUGUCCAGACCAAGGUGGGCGUGGUGAGUGCCUUCGCACAGACGCUCCGCCGGUACACAUCUCUCAACCACCUGGCCCAGGCAGCCCGUGCCGUCCUCCAAAAUACCUCGCAAAUCAACCAGAUGCUGAGCGACCUCAACCGGGUGGAUUUCACUAACGUCCAGGAGCAAGCUUCGUGGGUGUGCCAGUGCGAGGAGGGCCUGGUGCAGAAGUUGGAGCAGGAUUUCAAGCUGACCCUCCAGCGUCAGAGCUCUUUGGACCAGUGGGCCAGCUGGCUCGACAACGUGGUGACCCACGUCCUGAAGCACCACGAGGGAGGGGCCGACUUCCCGAAGGCGGCCAGGCAGUUCUUGCUGAAGUGGUCCUUCUACAGCUCCAUGGUGAUUCGCGACCUCACUUUGCGCAGCGCCGCCAGCUUUGGCUCCUUCCACCUGAUCCGCCUCCUCUACGACGAAUACAUGUUUUACCUGGUGGAGCACCGCGUCGCCCAAGCCACGGGGGAGACGCCCAUUGCUGUGAUGGGAGAGUUCAGCGACCUUGCGUCCAUGUCCCCAGCCCUGCUGGAUAAAGAUGACAUCAGCGACUUGGGGAGCGAGGCGGAGGGGGAUUCCCGAUGCUCCGGCGAGCCGCUCGUGAAGCGCGAACGGAACGAUCCGGCACCCUCGUUGCAAGAGAUCUAGAGUUGGAGCGGAGCAGGAGACGCUCCAUCUUGUUCCAACACCGGAACAAGAAGAAAAGGGGGAGAAAUUCCCAAAGCUUUCUGGAAUCCCAAAGGCUGGAUUUCCAUCUCCUGCACAAUCUGAGUGCCUCUUAGUUCCUCUUUAACACUUACUGGUCUUCACAGACGGGCCAGAGGUGGCUCUGGUGGCUGGGAGAACCCGGUGCAGUUGCUGCAAAGGAGUCAAUGGCUGACUGUUUUCUUCAGAGGAGAUGCCUGCAUCCCUUCCGUGCUGAAAGUGGAACUCUCUCUCUCUCUCUCUGUCUCUCUCUCUGUCUCUCUCUCUGUCUCUCUCUCUCUGUCUGUCUGUCUCUCUCUCUCUCUCUCUCUCUCUCCC